UGGAGUCCAGAUGAGUCUCUGUUUCUAACCAAAGAACAAUUCAUUCACGAGUCCGUCAGGUGUUUCUCCACAACAUAGCAGCGUCUCUGACGAACACUGUGUUUGGAUAUGGCUGCAGCCAGUUGUCUACUGUCUGAGGAUCAGUUUCUGUGCCCCAUCUGUCUGGAUGUGUUCAAUGAUCCAGUCACCACAUCAUGUGGACACAACUUCUGCAAAAACUGCAUCACUAUAAACUGGAAUGUCAACGUCUCCCUACAGUGUCCCAUGUGUAAAGAGAUCUUUGCCACCAAACCUGAGCUGCACAUCAACACAUUCAUCUCUGAGAUGGUCGCUCAGUUCAGACAGUCAGCUCAACAGAAAGCCAGCAGCAGCAGCUCACAGCAACAAGCUGCCAAACCAGGAGAAGUUCCCUGUGACGUCUGCACUGGAACCAAACUGAAGGCCCUGAAGUCCUGCCUGGUGUGUCUGGUAUCCUACUGUGAGACUCACCUGGAGCCUCAUCUGACAAUGUCAGGCCUGAAAAGACAUCAGCUGAUCGACCCUGUGGAGAACCUGGAAGACAGGAUGUGUACGAAGCACGAUAAACCUCUGGAUCUGUUCUGUAAGACCGACCAGACAUGUGUCUGCAUGCUCUGCACUGUUUUAGACCACAAGACACAUGAUGUUGUUCCUCUGAAAGAAGGAUAUGAAGGAAAGAAGGCUGAGCUGGGGAAGACAGAGGCUGAAAUUCAACAGAUGAUCCAGAAGAGACAACGGAAGAUUCAGAAGAUCAAACGGUCAGUCAAACUUAGCAAGAAAAAUGCAGACGGAGAAAUAGCAUAUGGUGUUCAGUUUUUCACUGAGCUGAAGAAGUUUGUUGAGGAAAGCAUGAACAAGCUCUUUAAGGAAAUUGAAGAGAAGCAGAAAACAAAACAGAAACAGGCUGAUGACGUAAUCAAAGAGCUGGAACAGGAAAUCUCUGAGCUGACGAAGAGAAGCGCUGAGGUGAAGCAGCUCUCACUCUCUGAAGACCACCUUCACCUCCUCCAAAGUUUCUCAUCCCUGUCAGCCGCCCCACCCACCAAGGACUGGACAGAGGUCAGAGUCCGUCCAUCAUUUUAUGAGAGAAUUGUAGAGCGAGCUGCAGCUAAUCUGAUGGAGGAAGUCCGUGAAGGGAUUGCUCAUCUGUUUAAAGCUGAGCUGAAUUGGGUCCAGCAGUCUGCAGUGGAUGUGACUCUUGAUCCUGACACAGCACAUCCAUGUCUCAUCCUGUCUGAUGACGGGAAACAAGUGCAUCACCGUGAUGUGAAGAGGAACCUCCCAAACAACCCUGAGAGAGUUUCCAGCUGUAUUUGUGUCUUGGGAAAGCAGAGUUUCUCUUCAGGCAGAUUUUACUGUGAGGUUCAAGUAAAAGGAAAAACUAAAUGGACUUUAGGAGUGGCCAGAGAGUCGAUCAACAGGAAAGAGAACAUCACACUGAGCCCUCAGGAAGGUUACUGGACAAUUUCUUUGAGAAAUGGCGAUGAGUACAAAGCUCUGGAUGAACCUUCAGUCCGUCUCUCUCUGAAGUCUCGUCCUCAGAAGGUGGGGGUGUUUGUGGAUUAUGAGGAGGGUCUGGUCUCCUUUUAUGACGUAGAUGCUGCAGCUCUCAUCUACUCCUUUACUGGCUGCUCCUUCACUGAGAAACUUCACCUGUACAUUGGUCCUUGUCCUAAUGAUGGUGGUAAAAACUCUGCACCUCUGAUCAUCACUCCUGUCAAUCACACUGAAUAG